GCCAAGAAUGCCUAGCACAUUCACCUUUAUGAUGCUGCAGAAAUACUAACCGUGAGAGAUAUACCAUUUACUGUAUUUUGGUAUCGGUUCUUACCAUUUUACAAGCUAUAUAACAUCAUAGUUUGUCUAUUGUGCACUCAUGGAUCUAUAACUGUGAAAAAGACGGAAUUUAGAGACAUUUUGUGGCAUCAAGAAGACAGUGAAGUUUGCGAUCAGUUGGACGGACAGCGGCCAUGCCUCGCUACGAGCUGAUAAUGAUAGCGAGAGUUCUUACUAAGGAGGGGUUCAGUAACAUUUUGAGACAAACCUGCCAGAGCAUUAUUUCAAAGGGUGGAGUCGUCAGAAAAAUUGAAAACCUUGGCCAACAGCAGCUACCGUAUCGUAUGAGGGCACAUGCUGAAUGGCAUACACAGGGGAGAUACUUUUUGCUGGACAUGGAUAUGAAUGCGGAUCAUCUUGAACUUCUUAAGAAUGAACUUAAAAUGGAACCAGACAUCAUUAGACCCUCAGUGGUCAAACUACAGGGCCGUUAUGACUCAAAGCCGUAUGAGCACUCUAUGUUAGAAUGCUGGCAAAGCUAUAGUAAGCCUUAGUGAGGAACCUUUUACCAAGGAAGUGUGGAAGUUUUAAAGAACAACUGACAAACUGUAACAUUUAAGCAAACAUAAAGUUAUAUACAGUAUCUUCCAGUAUUGUCCUACAUAUGUAUACACCUAUUCAAAUACUGUAAGGUUGCACGAUGUGUCUUAACCCACAGUGGUUCAUGGGUAACAAAUAAAUGGCUGAAUUCUGGUCUUAAAA